UAUGCUCAUGCUCACAUUACAUUUCAUCAUUCAUUUGAAAUUUGAAUCUGCAUUUUAGAAAACACUCAAAUUAUCAAUAACCGCUUUGUGUUCAAUUAUUCAGCAUGUCUAUUGAAUAUCACGAAGACGACGUACCUCAUGUUCUAGCUGUCGAUGAUAAUCUCAUCGAUCGUAAACUCGUCGAAAAACUGCUCAAAACGUCUUCCUGCAGAGUUACUACAGCAGAAAAUGCGAUGAGAGCAAUGGAGUAUUUAGGGAUAAAAGAAAAUCAACAACAGAAUCAUUUAAAUGGCAAUGAUAAAAAAGUAAAUAUGAUAAUUACGGAUUACUGCAUGCCAGGAAUGACUGGGUAUGAGUUGCUUCAGAAAAUAAAGGAAUCGGCGGUGUUGAAGGAUGUUCCGGUGGUGAUAAUGUCGUCGGAGAAUAUCCCAAAUCGAAUAAAUGAAUGUUUAGAAAAGGGGGCGGAAAGGUUCAUUUUGAAGCCGGUGAAGUUAGCAGAUGUGAAGAAGUUGAGACGUCAGUUAACAAAAUGCUAAACUUAUUUAUAAACGACGACGAUGGUGUAAAUAAUUUUGCUUUUAUGUUCGUUGGAUCUUCUGUUCUCUUUUUACUGAUUUGAAUCGUUGAUUGGCUUUUUGUAUGAUUAG